AUGUGGGGGGCCCAGGUGCGGCUCCCCUGCGACAUGGGAGAUGACGUGCUCCGCGACGCCAUCGAGAGCGUGCGCGAGGAGCUCAACAACCUCGAGGCGACGCAGGGCGACUGGGAGGGGCCCGCCGGCUCGGAGAUCGUCGAGCGCAUCAAGCGGAAAUUCGACUCCAAGUGGAGCCCGAGCUGGCACGUCGUCAUCGGCCGGUCCUACGGCUCCUUCGUGACGCACGAGACGAGGCAGUUCGUGUCGUUCAAAAUCAACGACAAGGCCGUCAUGCUGUACAAGGUCUAG